AUGGAAACCACUCAAGGAACCCGCCCGACUCCUCAGUCGCUGCCGAGACUCAUAAUCCCAUCUAACCGUUAUGAGCCUGAGCCAGAAGAGAUAACGACAAGACGGGUAGCUAGCUUUCUAGACUUCUGUGCAAAAUACAAGAAGGCCCCUCUCACACGGCUACCUUCUAUUCCCCUCAUUUCCCCUCCGCCUGCUUCUGAUUCAGAAUCAGACACGGACGCAACGAAAUGUAAAACCAAGAACAAAAACCGCCAGGGUACAGAGGACGGUAUUGCAUCUCUCAGAUUCGAUAACCCGCCAAAUACUCUCGCAUUUACGGAGAAUGAAUGGGAGGUUCUAGAGACUAAACAGGCGGAGUACGAGCACGCCAAGGCACAGCACACAGAGGCUAUCUUAGAGAUGCAGGCUGAUCCAAAAGACAGGAAAAUAUUGCAAAAGUGCAAACACUGGAGACAGAUUAGGGAACGUCUUAACUUAGAGAUGUCACUGAUUUGGGAGAAGAGGGAAAUUCGUAGAAAUUUCCGGAGGGACGCCAACAACCCCAAAGGUAUUAAAAAUUGGUAG